AUGGAAGAUCUUAUGAGGGGGGCCCCCGCCGCUGGCGGGGGGGCCCCCGCGGCCCCUGGGACACCUGAGGGCCCUCGCUCGCACUUGCAAGCUGCCCAGCGAAAGAAGGAGGAGAGGGAGCAGCGCCGCGAGCAGCGGCGACAGCAGGGCGAAGCGGCAGCAGCGGCGGCAGCUGCAGCAGCAGCUGCUGCUGCUGCAGCUGCUGACGGUGCUUCAGGCUCAGAGAACGAAGAAGCAGCUCCUAUGUCGCACAAACAAGCGAAGCAGGAGGCGUACAGGAAGCGGCAGGCAGAGAAGGAGAGACUGAGAGCCGAACGCGAGGCAGAGGAGGAGCGGCUGGCUGAGGAGAAACGCAAAAAGGAGCAGGAGGAAUACGAGGAAUGGAAGGCAAGGAAGACGUUUGAGAUUGAGGCGGAGGGGGAGCUGCAGAUAUCAGCCGAAGAGGAGGCGCAGCAAAUUGAGAAGUUCGUCGCCUUCAUCAAAAUUCGCAAGGCGGUGGAGUUGGAAGAAAUCGCCGCAGAGUUUGGCCUCAAAACCAAAGACUGCGUGAAGCGGAUCGAGUGUCUGCGUGAGAGCGGGCGUCUUUGCGGUGUAUUGGACGACAGAGGACGUUUCUUGUGUAUAACAAAAGAAGAAAUGCAGCAGGUUGCAGAGGCAUUAAAGAGAUUAGGGGCAUUUACUAAAGAGACAGAUCUUGUCAAUGUCUGCAACCGAAUCAUCAAACUCACCCCCUCAGAACAGCUGUGCUGCUUUGGGGCUGGCUGCAUGCGUUGGGUGUAUGUACAGGACAAAGCAAAAAUAGAGGAGGAGCAGCGCGCCUCUAUGCGUCUUGUAGAACUUGCAGCUGCUGAGGAAUAA